CUCACGCUCAUGCUGAAGUAUUCCGUUUUGGAUCCCUUUCCGUUGACCUUCCACUGUAAACCUCACUUACUCUCUUGGGGUUCUGCAUAUCAGUCCCAUCGUUUCGUUUCGAGUUGCCCUCACCACCUCCUUCCCCGCUCCUAGUGUCGGUUUUGUCGUCUCGAACCUGAGGCUUGGUUGGAAUUCGUACAUCCUGACAUCGCAUAACACAGACAAGUGAAUUCGAGAGCGGAAAGUACUGCUUGGGAUGGAAGGCAGGCAUGAUUCGGGUCAGGGCGAAGGGCAGGAUGUGCCAAAGUACACCACCCAAGAGACGGAACCACUACUAGAACGACGGCCUUCAACAGCCUCGCGUGAUACCCAACAGUCUUCAAAACAGCUCACCACUCGUCACGCGUUUGCUAUACUAGUCUCCCUGCAAAUUGGGUCAGGUGUUUUUGCUUCGCCGGCCCAGGUCGAUAGUAACGUACCCUCACCAGGUGCUGCUCUUCUUGUGUGGGUUGUUGGAGGCGUUCUCUCCUGGGCAGGAGCUGCAUCAUUUGCAGAGCUGGGUGCUGCCCUACCUCUCAACGGAGGUAUGCAAGAAUAUUUGCGUCACGUGUUCGGCAAUACAGCCGCUUUCCUCAUGGCCUGGGUGUAUAUCAUGGCGGUCAAGCCAGCUUCCUUGGCCAUCCAAAGUAUUGUUAUAGCAGAGUCGAUCGGUUCUGUAAGCUCUGGUGAGCCUUUGGCUGGUUGGUUUUUAAAGCUGAUCGCAAUCGUGGCCCUUAUCUCACUAAUCUUGCUCAACUCAAUAAACACCAGGUUCACGCUGCGACUGAGUGAGACGUUCACUUUAUUUAAGAUUUCCACUGUAGGCCUGGUUUUUCUUGGCGGAUUGGUCGCAGUUAUUUCUCACUUGAUCAAUCCUGAUUCUUCCCUUUCUGGGGCUCAGGAUUGGUACUCGAAAAAUUGGUUCCAGACCCGACCAACAUUCUCAGAUGGACACACCGUUGACUGGACAUCUAUGAACUCGUGGGAUCGUUACGGUCAUUACUGCGCGGCUAUCUACGGAGGACUAUGGGCAUACGACGGCUGGGACAGCGCCAAUAUCGUAGCCAGUGAGAUACGCGAUCCUGGUCACUCUCUUCCAAAAGCCAUCAAAGCUGCUAUGGUCGUUGUCCUAAGCUCUUACGAGCUGGUCAAUGUUGCUUACUACGUGCUUCUGCCGUGGGACAAAUUGAGUGCCAACAAUGCUGUCGCUGUAGCAGCCGCAAGCUCGCUAUUAGGGCGACCUGCAGGCAUAGUUGUAACACUUCUCGUUGCCAUUUCAUGUGCUGGCUCUAUCACAAGCAAUGUCUUCUCCGUAGGGAGAUUGACAAUCGCCGCAUCCCAGCGGCAUUAUCUUCCCGCCUUCUUCAGCAAACGAGGACUUCCAAAGUUUCGACGAGGAGGAGAAGAUGUAACUUCCAAUCCAACGUUCGACGCUCCAAUGCAUUGUGCUAAUAUAAGCCACAGCUACGCGAACAUGUUAGCCCUCGUCAUCACCCUUGUCUACAUCCUGACUGGUAGUUUCCGAGCCCUCUUGACCUUUGUUGGUAUGGCUGAAUGGGUCUUCUACGUGAGCACCGUCGUUGGAUUGCUCGUCCUUCGCCGACGCGAGCCGCAACUGGAACGACCAUACCGUCCCAUCAUCGUUCUCCCUAUAACUUUCGUCAUUGUAGGCACGUUAGUCAUCAUACGCUCUGCCAUCUUCGCACCAGUUCAGAGUGGAGUACUUGCAAGUCUGUUAGUCGUUGGUGCUGUUAUUAGUAAACUUCGUGAGAGAUGA